CAAGGUCGUACAAACAAUAUUCUUCUCAACAAAUGGAGUAUGCCGGAUUCAUAUUCAGAUUCAGGACUGAUAUUUUGUAGAUUUUCUUUGUUUGAAUGGAUACCAUUUUUUAAUAUGACAUCUGUAAUAUGGAGUUAUUCUUUAAUAAUACAAGCGAUCUGCUUCCUCCGUCAGAACCAACACCGGAUGUAAACAGUACAUAUGUAACAAUAACUGGAUUAGUUGUGUUUGGAUUUCCUGUAAUGACAAUGACUAUAUUUUGUAUUCUGCGAAUAAAGUUAGAAAGAAAGAAGCGAUAUAGAGGAUUAUAUUUAGAUGACAGAAUAGAUGGGGCAGCUGCACAGUGUCCAAUGAUACCAAAUAUAGAAGAGGAACAAUACGGUACAUCGUCAUCAAGUGACCUAGAAAGGGCACAAACUUCUAGACGAUUCCUGACAAUGAUACUUAACUUUAUACGAAUGGACCAAUCAACGAGCACGGAAGAAGUUGACUUUAAAAUAAGCUCAUUAGAUUGUCAAGUAUGAUGGACGUAUGCUGUAUGAUAUUUAAUACAAUACAUUUGAAUUUGUUUCAUGAAUAUAUCAUCGUAUAAUUGGUCAGGUAAAUAAAACAAUAAUACGACGCAG